GGAAGAGCAGCGAGAGGACCGAGCGUCAAAAAUCACCGCAAACCACAGUGGAACUUUAUAUUUUCAGGAGGAAAAUUAAACCUCGUCGUUGAUUCUCACACUCUGUGACUAAUCGGACGUGCAUCAAGAAAGAUUAUAAAGGCUACAAUGAGCCGCAGGUUUGUAAUGGAAAAGCGGCGACGUGAAAGCAGCGGUUUACCUCCUGAACAGACCUUUUUACAGCACAGCAUGUGAAGCCUCCUGCCAACACCGUCUUCAGCUUCAGUGAUUCACACAGGGCUAUGGCCCCAGCCUUGACUAAAAUCCUGAAAAAUGGCCAUGGGAUCCACCUGUCCUCUCCUCCCGCCUCCGUCAGAAUGGACUCAGAUCGGAGAACCAUGUGCUUUAUUGAGCCGGCGCCUCGCGCGACAUCUACGGAAGAUGGAGACAUCCAGAAGGUGUUGCUGAACAUUUCCUCGUUUCAGUUCCUGGAGUCCUGCUCCCCUUCCAGCCUCCUGGAUGUCAGUGUCAACCCCGUGUUUUCGCCAUGUCGGAAGGCAUCUGCCAGCCAGUGUGAGACAGACUCUCUGCUCAGUCCCGGCUCCUUUGCCGAGCUCUUCUCUUUUAAUCAGGACCAAAGAGAUUUUCAAGCACUGUGCUCUGCCUUUCCAGGUGUACCAGGCAUGUUUUUAGCUCCUUCUCCUCAACACAAUGGCCAAGAGGCUUGUGUGCAGCAUGGACAGAGUGCUGCUCCCGCAUGUAGGCCAGAUGGUGGUGAUGUGCAUUAUUCCUCUCUUACCUUCAGCAGUGUUUGUCCUUCGUAUUCCCACGGGGAGAUUAAGUCCCAAGGCUGCGGCGCCUUGUUCGCAACCCCAGCUGCACUGACACAGGUGAAGCAAGUGACUGGGGCUGGCUGUCCUCCUUCCGCUUCACUGCGGCCUUGUGUCGGCUGGGCGACUCUCGAUCGGCCGGCAUGCAAAGCCGGGCUACAGGAUGCUCUUGAGGAGCAACUGUCCAGACAGGCAGGGCUGCAGGAUCGAGCUGGGAAGCUGCAGAGGAGACUGCAAGGCCUGCUGGGAGAGCAAGCUGUACGACACUGCAGCCAGCAGUUGGAAGGGCUGAAGAGGAACCCUCAACACGGAAAGGUCUUUCUGGAUGGCUCGGCUCCAGCAGACCCGGAUGUGCUACCUCCGCAAGCAGCCACAAAAUCACCGUUUUACUGGGAACGGUCGUCCAAACACUUGGAUUUCUUCGCUGAGGUGGGAGAGUUUAGCCAGUGCAGCCAGCUGAUGCUGAGAGACCUGCAGACGGCCCUGGACUCCGAGGCCACUGCCAGCAGCAGCUCGGAUGAGGAACCAGAGGAGCAUCAUGGCAGGACUUCACCCACAAUCAGCAGAUGUGAGAAACAGUGGCUGGAAGAAAGAGCGGAGCUGGGCAGCAGGUGGAGUUGGUUGCAUCUACAUCUAGCUGAACUGGAACGGAGGAUACAGCAACUGAUCGGAGUCCACAGACGCAUACGCUCCAGCAAGGGUGGCGUUGUGCUUGCAGACUCCCAGCCGCUGACUGACCAGCAGAUCCAGCAGACCUUAAUGAAGGAGAUUACAGGUUUAUCCUGCACGGGUUCGGAUGCAGACAUCGAAGCCUGCAGCCCGACACGCCUUCUGCACAACAUAGAAAGACAGAGUGCCCAUCUGAACCAGAUUGUUAACAGUCUGAUGCCAAACUUUUCACCACUGUCAAAGCAGCCGACCAGCUGGAAAGGCAAGAGGACGAGUGGUCAGAGAGGAGAUGUGCUGCUGCCCGAGAGCUCCAAGAGAAGGCGGCUGACCAACAGGAGGCUCUUCAAAGCGGACGUGUCGUGCGUGUGCGCCCGCACCCGACCUCUGGUCUCCUACCACAAGCCCAAACUAUUCACGCUCACCCCGCUCAGCUCCAGCAGUCUGCUGGACUCCAUAAACUCCACGUCGACCCUGUCCUCCUGUCUCUUGUCUUCUUCCUGUUCGUGUUGCUCCCUUUGCGAUCCUGUAGUCUUGUGUUCUGAUCUGGACUGCAGCACCAGCAGAAUCCCGUCCUCAUCCACCUCCAGAGCAACAGAAACUUCGAUGUGCCACUGCUCACAGAGGGUCAGAGGGAUGCAGGGACAAUUCGUUCUCGACAUCAAAUCAUCCCGUUCAGCGAAAUACAAGAGACACAGCUCCACACCGCUGCUCCAUGGUCACAAGUACAAGAACCAUGCAAGGCAUCAUAGGAAGAUAAUCCUGGGCCUGUCACCGAUCAGGGCAUCAGGCUCUCAUCGAACCCAGCCCACCAGAUUCAGUCAGAAGAGAAGAAAGAGAAAACACAACAGAGUGGUAGACGAUGAGGAGGAUGUUCAGUACCAGCUCUACGACCCAGAAGAAAAUUCAGAUGAUUUGCUGAAAGAAAGCUACACAUAUGCAUCACACAAGCGGGCCUCACAGGGUUUUGUUCGUGGACACCGGGGAGAGAGCGUGUACAGCAUCAACAGUGUCCUCAUGCCCAUGUCGCUGACGAAAGUGGAGAAGCUGCAGUACAAAGACAUUCUGACGCCCAGGUGGCGUUUAGUUGAAACUCCCUCUCUGUUAGAGCUGGAGACUGUGAAUGAAGCUUCCAGUGAGGAGGUGCAGGUUGAGGACCUGAGUGAUGAAGCCUUUGCCCAAAGGCACAUGGCCUUGGAGCAGAAAGAGAAAUUACGCUGGCCUUCCUGGGGAAAGAGAAAAUGUCACACGAGGUCGACCCACACACUCAAAUCAGGCAGCAGGCUAUCAGGCAGUGUGUGUGGGAUGUACACAUCAGGAGAGGAGAGCUCUGUGGAGUGUUCUGCUCAGCUGGAUGCUGAUGAACAGUCAAAGUCAGAGGAGCAGCUGCCGCAGAUUCCCUGGGAGCCUCGAGUGUUUCCUUUAGAUGAGGAUGAGGAGGCUCUGUCUCUCUCCAAUGGACAGCAGAAAGCACCGUCAGGCUGGACCGAGUCCAGUGAGGAUUUGUCCACAUCAAGCAGCUCCGAUGUCUACCCAGAUCAGUGGUCUGGAGCUGCACUGCCCCCUCGUGGCCAGUGUGGGAGCAGCACACCCAAUGGCAGUAUUCCAUGCAGAAUUGCUCACGUGUAGGACCUGGAGCGGAACAUGCUCCCUGGAACCCGACUUACUCUGAAUACUUGAGAUAUUCCACGGGUAUUGCUGUGAUCUGUAUCCAUUCAAACACCUUUUAGCAAAACAGAUUAUUUUAUGUAUUGUGACAUGUGUCACAGUAGUUUUAACUCACUUUUUAACUUCUGUAGUUCCUGCUACAAUUUCAGGUUUUAAUGCUAACAAGGUACUUACUGUAUAUUAUAGAUUAUUAUAUAUUUAUGUGUAAUACGGCUGUAGUCAGGUCUGUAUAGUGUUAGUUAUUGUCACAUUUUAUGAUAUCCUAAAAUGUCUGUAUAGAAAAUAUUUUUCUUUUUAUGUUCCAUAUGUGCUUUUUUGUUCCAUGGUUCUUUUCUCUUUGUUGAUGCUCUGAAUUUUUUAAUGGA